AUGAACCGCCGGUUCACGACCAUUCAAUUCAAAGUCACGUAUCAAGUAUUUAUUUGCAUCCUUAAAAUUUUCGGCCUGUUUCCUUUCGGUUACAACUGUGUUGAAAGGCGUUAUUUUGAGAGUAAAGUACUGUAUGCGUAUAGUGGAAUUUUGCUGGGAAUUUACAUCUAUUUCGUGGGAAGCUUCAAAUGGAACAUCGUCAAGAACAUGAGCAUGGAAAGUUCGCAGUACAAUAUUUUUUUGAUGGCUUCGGCACUAGUACUAGUAUAUGUUGGAGUUGUCGUUACGAGUUUAGUAGCGUUGUUUUUUUCGAGUAACUUUUUGGUUUUAUUCAACGAUUUGCGACGACUCUGGUACAAGAUGAAAGUGUUAAGUACGAUUCCGUCUAUCCUGGAUAGAAAACUUCUCACUAGAUUCUUCGUCAAAAUCUUCAUCAUAGAUGGUGGCUACUUUCUAGGGAUUGCGUACGCAAACUCACGACAACUAUUUGGCCAUGCCGACGUAAAUGAGCAAACCGUGCUCUACGACACUUUGUACAACCUGCACAACUUUGCUGCCAAUGCCACAUUUACCAACCUUUUUGUAGCAAUAAGCUAUCUUGGGGCCCAUUACUAUCGCUUGAUCAACGUUAGAAUUCGAAACGUCCACCAAAAGCUUGAAAAAGUAUCGAACGACAACACCGCCAAAAAACGAUUAGUUUUCAGUCGAAUCGCGAGAGAACUUCAUCAACUAGCCCAAUGGCACGGUCAAGUCAACCAGCUGAUCCUCAGCUUCAUGGACCUCCACGGCGCGUCCCUUUCGGCGAUGGUUUUGAAAAAUUUUAUGAUCCUCCUGGGGUCACUUUUUGGCGCUUACGUCACCACGGUCGUGCAACUUUCGAUGGGUUUACCUGUGCAGGGUGGCCUCGUUGCCUUCCACCUGCUGAUGGUUUCGUUCUACUUCGUGCAGUACUACUACCUGGUGGCGAGUGCUGCCAUUUUUACGAAAAGGGCUGAAAAGAGUGGUACAAUUUUGGAUAGCUUAGCAAGGAUCGAUGAAUCCGGUGGACACUUGGAAGAUUUGAUCGCGACAUUUUCUCUAGAGCUACUGCAUCGCAACAAUAAAAUUGAAAACAAUGGAAUGUUUAUCGUAGACUAUUCGUUGAUUUACGCAGCAUUGGCCAGCAUUCUGGGCUAUUUGAUCAUUGCUGUACAGUUUCAAAUAACGGACGUGACUUAA